UUUUUCAUCCCGUUCACACUAAAUGAGCCACUCAGUUGUCAUAUUAGCCCGUCGAAUGAAACAGUUUGUGUCCAUUUGUAGCCGCAGCAGACACGUCAGCGUUAUUUUGUAUUAAAAAACGCCUAAUCUGACGCGGACAAUAGAAUGGAUUCAGUGGGGACGAGCUAAUGCUAACUAACAAGUAGCUGAAUGCUAAGCUUUGAAUGUCGCCCUCAUUGACCACCGCGGGAAAGCCACACUUGUGCUAACUGGCUGCUAGCCUAAUAAAGUGCAAACUUUACAUGCGCUGCUGCAAUCCUGCGCCUUGAUUCAAACACCCGCCAUGGAGGAAGUUGACAAAAUCCUCAUUCACGCCCUAAAACAAGUUGGCACGGGGCUCAGUGAGGAAAUUGAGGGGGUUAAAAGUUUCACCAGUGAGCUGAUAGUAGAGGCGGUGGUGAGAUGUAUCCGUGUGAUCGAUCCCGGUCUGGGCAGCGCACUGCCAACCUCCCUCCCUCCCGGCAUGUCUGCCCGCUUCAGGGUUGGCAUGAGCCUUGCACAGGCCUGUCAGGACAUUGGCUACAAAGGGGAGAUAGGCUAUCAAACCUUUCUGUACAGCAGCGAGACCGAGAUUCGCUCCCUGCUCAUGUUUCUUGUGGAGAAACUGCCCAGAGAAAGUGCUGCGGCCUCUGAUCAGCCAACAGGCAAAUCAACAAUCCUUCAGAGAGCCAUUGCUUCUGCCAUUAAAGCCCAGCUGGUUGUCCCCUGGCUUCCUCCAAACUGCAGGCUGCCACUGCAUGGUGAAACACAAACUUCAGGAGUGUUGUACAGCUUCCACAGCCAACGUCUCAGUGUGGCCCAUUGUGUCAAAGAUUCAGGAAAUAAACCACAGAAAGAGAUCCGGGACUACCAGAGAGAGUUCCUCCCACCGGUCACUGCUCAGCUCUCCCACAAUGCAUCUGUGGUUGCGUCCAUACUGGAGCGGCACACCGCUGAGCUCAGUGCGGCGCAGGAGUGGGACAAUGAGUGGAACAGUCAGGGACUGCUGUCACGUCUUACUCCACAGGACUACAGGGCCCGAAAACGGACUCGACUGCAUAAACGUAUCGAGGAGCAGUUGCGCUCUGCUGCCCUUCCCUCUGCGGAAAGUGCCUUUGGAGCGCUGGGCUCUACCUCGGAUUUGUCUGACAUCCUGCAAGCCUUCAAAGGCUCCGCCUCCUCGGACCAAAUCCUGACAAAGGGCUCUCACUUUUCCCACUCCCAGAAGUUCACUUUCACACAGGUGCAUAACGACUCACAGCUAAUGUGUCGCCACUCCAUUCUUCACAAAUGUGUGUUUGUGUGUGAACAGGAAGUAGAAACGGCGCCGUCCGCUGUGCGGCAGACAGAUGUUGAUAAGCAUCAAAGUCAGCAGGAGGAGCUGGCAUCACUGCAGCUUCAGUUUCAGCAACUGUGCAGCGACGUAGACCAGCUAACCACGGACAUGAAGCACAUGAGAGUCACAAAUGCCCAGGUACUUGAUGAGAUGAAGCAGCGAGAGCUGCAAAACCGUGAGGAGGAGGAGAAGAUACAGGUGAAGAAGAAAUCCAUUGACUUGUUGCCAGAUGCUGAGAACAACCUGUUGAAGCUUCAGGGUCUGGUGGAGGCCAGCGCCAAGCGGGUGGUCAGCCUGGCUUCUCAGUGGGAGAAACACCGCGCUCCGCUCAUUGACCAACACCGCAGCCUCAAGGAGAUCUGCAGUCAUCAGGAUAUGGAGUCUUCCAGGAAGCUGUCUGAAAUCAAGGUGUUGCACGACAAAAUCCGAGUGUCAACAGAAGAGGCCAAGCAGAAGGAGGAAAUAUACAAACAGCUGGUAUCGCAGUUAGAGAAUCUUCCCAAGGAUGUUUCCCGGGCGGCAUACACCCAGAGGAUUCUGGAGAUUGUGAGCAACAUCAAGAAACAGAAGGAGGAAAUCACCAAGAUUUUGUGCGACACAAAGGAUUUGCAAAAAGAGAUCAACAGUCUGACAGGAAAACUGGACAGGACUUUUGCUGUGACGGAUGAGCUUGUCUUUAAGGACGCCAAAAAAGAUGAGUCGGUGCGCAAGUCCUACAAGUACCUGGCUGCUCUGCACGAAAACUGCAGUCAGUUGAUCCAAACCAUCGAGGACACUGGUACCAUCCUGAGGGAGAUAAGAGAUCUAGAAGAGCAGAUUGAGACAGAGAAUAGUAACAAAACCGUGGCUAACCUGGAGAGGAUUGUGGAGGACUACAAGGCCAUCAGACAGGAGAACUCUGCACUUGCUGCCAAGGUCAGAGAGCCUUGACUCCAUCACGUGGUGCCACUUGGUGAACACCACCACCCUUUUGUUUGCAAGGUCAGAGACGCCUGACUUCAUCACCAGGAAAUAGGUGGUGCCACUUGGUGAACACCACCACCCUUUUGUUUGCAAGGUCAGAGACGCCUGACUUCAUCACCAGGAAAUAGGUGGUGCCACUUGGUGAACACCACCACCCUUUUGUUUGCAAGGUCAGAGACGCUUGACUUCAUCACCAGGAAAUAGGUGGUGCUAGUUGGUGAACACCACCACCCUUUUGUUUGCAAGGUCAGAGACGCUUGACUUCAUCACCAGGAAAUAGGUGGUGCUAGUUGGUGAACACCACCACCCUUUUGUUUGCAAGGUCAGAGACGCUUGACUUCAUCACCAGGAAAUAGGUGGUGCUAGUUGGUGAACAUCACCACCCUUUUGUUGCAAGGUCAGAGACGCUUGACUUCAUCACCAGGAAAUAGGUGGUGCUAGUUGGUGAACACCACCACCCUUUUGUUUGCAAGGUCAGAGACGCCUGACUUCAUCACCAGGAAAUAGGUGGUGCCACUUGGUGAACACCACCACCCUUUUGUUUGCAAGGUUAGAGAGGCUUGACUUCAUCAAAAUGAAAUAGGUGGUGCUAGUUGGUGAACACCACCACCCUCUGCAAGGAUGGAGAGGCUUGACUCCAUCAAAAUGAAAUAGGUGGUGCUAGUUGGUGAACAGCACCACCCUUUGCAAGGAUGGAGAGGCUUGACUCCAUCAAAAUGAAAUAGGUGGUGCUAGAUGGUGAACACCACCACCCUCUGCAAGGAUGGAGAGGCUUGACUCCAUCAAAAUGAAAUAGGUGGUGCUAGUUGGUGAACAGCACCACCCUUUGCAAGGAUGGAGAGGCUUGACUCCAUCACCAGGAAGUAGGUUAACACCACCAUUGGUGCCCCUUUUCUUUGCAAUAUUUGUACCAUGGAAGAAGCCUUUUAUAUCCCCAUGUGGAUUGUAUUUAUAUCCUGAAUGAUGCCUUGUUCCUCCAAGACACUGCAUCAUAGUUGAAAGCUUUCUUGAAAUGUUUAGUCUAUUAUUGUCUCAACUAAGCAGCAUUUUCCUAAUGAGCCACACAGCACAUUGAAGUCCAUGUAGGAGACUUGAUCGCUUAUUAAAGUAUUGUUGGUUAACUA